CUAUACAUAGAUGAGAAAGGGGUUGUUAAAGCAGCAUAGUUCAGCGCCUAUUGCAUUUUGGAGCGAUGACUGCUGCCGUCAGUAAGGUUUCCGGCGACAUCAUCUCGUCGAACUUCGACCGUAUCCGACCGCCGCCGCCAUCGCCUCCUGAUUCUUCCCUUCUUUUAGCUACCAGACCUCCAAGACACGCGGUGUCCUAUUGGACGUGUUCAAAGCUUUGUGCAAUUUGCUUUGUUGCUGGAAUGGUUUUCGGUUACUCUCUCAGAGGACGAGUCAAGCGUUGGGCGUCUAACAUCCUCAAGAAGCUCAACUGAAACAUAAUUGAAUUGCAGGUAGUUGUUUAGUUCGAUCACGGCUCACUUUCAUAGAUUUAUGUGAAAGAAAAGUUUCAAUUUUUUUCUUGAUGUUCCGUGACAGAUUAUGCUUUGUACGGAUUUUGGAAUGAGUUUGAAAGUUCAAUUACAAACUUACACAACGGCUUGUUAAUUUAGGUUAUUUAUUUCUAGCCGUUACGCCACAAUAUCAACGCCUGUUAUGCUUCUAAUUUCAGUUUAUGUGUGGCAUAACUGCAGAGUUUUCUAUUUUCUUCA